AUGGGUCCCUGUCUUGGCAGAAAUGAUCAUCAAAGCGAACAGCAAAAAGGAAUUCCAAAUAUUGGAAAUACUUGCUACAUGAAUUCUGUCAUUCAAGUAUUAGCAGCGACUCCGAACUUUUUAGCAAAUUUGGAUAGUGUCAAACAAGCUGAGUUAAUUGCUUUGAAAAAUUUUAUACAAGGAGUGAAAUUAAGAUAUCCCUCAUCAAGCUUAUCAAUUUUGGCCAAUGAUUUUAAAAAUCAAAUUUCUCAAGCACAUCCAAUUGUAAUUAUAAAAUAGUUUCAAGGGUCUAGAGAAAAUGACGCAAAAGAAUUAUUUGCCAUUAUAUUAUCCAUUCUAGGUGAAGAGGAAACGGUAACAAACCCAUUCAAUAUAGUUUUCAAAAGAUCAUUUAAGUGUGAAGAAAAGAACCAUAUUGCUUAUUCUGAAGAAAAAUCAAAUUUAAUUAUUAUUCCAAAAGGAGCUAGCAUUGAAAAUCACCUGAAAAAUAUGGAUAGUGAAAAGAAGUUCUGAGGAGAUAACCAACUCUAUUGUGAAAAAUGCAAAAAAACUAAAGAUAUAACUAUGAAAACAGAAAGAAUUGAAUUACCAGAGAUUUUAGUCCUUUACACUCCAAAGGAUGGAAAUUCAAAAAAUAAUACUAAAUGCCUUAAUGAAGUUAUUUUAGAGCAGAAAUCGUACAUACUUUAUGCUGUUAUAUGCUAUAACUCAUGGCCUCGACAUUAUUAUGCAUAUACAAGAAUCUCAGAAAAAUCUUGGCGCAAAUAUAAUGAUGAUCGUACAAGUGAGUCAAAUAGUUUACCCGAAAAAAAUGCAUAUCUUUUGUUCUAUAAGUCUAAUUAUUAA